AUGAACGACAUCUAUAAGGCAGCGGUUGAGCAGCUGACAGAUGAACAGAAAAAUGAGUUCAAGGCCGCCUUUGAUAUUUUUGUUCAAGAUGCAGAAGAUGGCUGCAUUAGCACCAAAGAGCUAGGGAAGGUGAUGAGGAUGCUGGGCCAGAACCCCACACCCGAGGAGCUGCAGGAAAUGAUUGAUGAGGUGGAUGAAGAUGGGAGUGGCACUGUGGAUUUUGACGAAUUCCUGGUCAUGAUGGUGAGGUGCAUGAAGGAUGACAGCAAAGGGAAGUCAGAGGAGGAACUGGCAGAGUUGUUUCGCAUGUUUGACAAAAACGCAGAUGGUUAUAUCGACCUGGACGAGUUGAAAAUGAUGCUAGAAUCAACAGGAGAAGCAAUUACUGAGGAUGACAUCGAGGAACUGAUGAAAGACGGGGACAAGAACAACGAUGGCAAAAUUGAUUACGACGAGUUCUUGGAGUUCAUGAAAGGAGUGGAGUAA